AUGCUCCUCGAUAUCGUCAUCGUCUUGAACGUUGACGAAAACGGCCUUGGCUUUCUGAAGCUUUACCUCAACAACGAAGACCACACCACCUCUGUCUCCAACCCCAACCUUCCCUGGACGAGCACAGAUUCCGGAUUCUGGGCACCCACACCAAGCACACACGUGGAUGCCUGUGGCAUCUCAUCCGGCCCCAGCAACUUUACCGGCUCGGCUGACCGUGCCUCGGGCUUGCGAAUUUACCGCGAACUAGAGUACAACUCUCCCCACGACCUUUGCUUUCAGUUUGUGGCUCGUGACCCAAGCUUUCAGCCAGAACUCAUCCUUAAAACUGGCUCUAGCACGACCGGCAUAUCCCUGGUUUACACCGGCACAAACACCCUACUCCUCUCUGUGUGCACUCUUGGCUCGACCGUCACAGUUGAAAUCCCCCUCAACCGCCUCCAGUACGGCCCAGACGCUGACUACUUGGAUGUCGUGGUGGCCAUCAUCCCAAACAAAAAGGCUUAUCUCAUGGUCAACGAUCAGGUGGCAUACGCCACGGUCAGCUCUGUCUGGGAAAGCAACGACAGUGGAACCUUUAUGCAAGCCUUCUCCGACACCGCCUGUGGUCUCACCAGCAGCAUCACCCCACUCCAUGUCAAGCAGCGCCCUUUUUCGAGUUUUGACGUUUACCUUUUCAAGUCGUGGACGCCCAGUCCGCUUUUGCCCAUUCAUAUCUGCAACAAUGGCGUCUUGACCCUGGACGGUGAAGAACCCAUUUGUCUCUGUCAAGCUGGUUUCAAGGGUGAGGUGUGCGAUGAAGUUGACGCUUCGGCCCCGCUGCCUGCCUCUUGCCACGACAUCGACCACACGGUCAGCUCCGGUGCGCAUUGGCUUCGACCUGAUCCGACCGCUGAUCCCGUGCACCUGUACUGCGACAUGGAUGAAUGGAUGGGUGGCUGGACGUUGUGCGGCAAAUAUGAUGGCGACGCCGCAACGGCGUCCAACUGGGCCUUACCCACGGGUUGGGGUCGAUCGCGCAACAACUUCAACAUGUCCUACCUUGCUGAUCUCACCACAUUUCCUGCCGGUGCCCUGACUGUGGCCCAUGGUCUUCGCUUGCUGGACGGCCAGUCUUGUCGCCCAUAUGCCAUUGAUACGUACAACGAGUCUUUGGCAAAUGUGGGCAACACGGGUGUUUUGGGGCUUUGUCGAUCAAGAUGGUACAACGCUAUGUUGAUGCGCACAUCAUCAGCGCCGUCCAUGCGCAUCGAGAACGAGCUGGGUGCUCCCAACGUGACGCUGCGCUUACCUGCAUCACAGACAGCGGUGUCCCAUAGCAGCGUCUUUCAAGCUCACCGCAAUGCCACCAUUGAGUUUGUGGUGAAUUUCUUACGCGAACCACACAUGAACUGGCAAGAAGUGCUGUUUGAAACGGGCGCGGAUGCCAUCGGUCUCGCUCUGUAUAUGCGUGCGGAUCAUUACUUAAUUUUGGCCCAGUGCACCAGCGGCGAGGAUCGGGCUGCACCCGUCCGGCUGCAGGCGUCUGACAUUGCAUCGGGGGACGUGGUGGUGACUCUGACGGUGAUGAUUGCCUCAAAUCAGAUUGUGACUUCACUGUACCUCAACCAUGCCUUGCGGGCUCGGCUGGACUUUCCUUUCGCGGGAACCAACUGGGCUGGAGCUGACUACACCAGCAUCUUCUCACCCACCAGCUUCAUGUGUGUGGGUGAUUUGGAAGCUGAUCGUAAAGGGUCAGGUACCGUGCCCUCGGCGGCUCGCUGGCUGGCACCGUAUGGGGUGCGCUUGUACGACGCGCUCUGGACCAAUUAUGACCGUUGCCUGAGUUUGACUUGUGCGAACGGUGGCACUUGCGUUGAUGGUUGGAGUCUUGCACCCACCUGUGUAUGUACAGCCGACUGGCAAGUUGUAGGGGACGCGGACGAGUUGAACGGGCACACUGCAGGAGGUGAAAUGCGCUUGGCGGGCAGUGACAACCUGUAUCACACCCACCCUUUGGUGGACAAAAACCAAGCAAACGCAAGCAAAGCAGCAACAGCUACGGACGUGUACAUGGAGCCGGACUUUGACAGUAUUUAUACGGAGCCAGAUAUGGGGCCCCCAAGCAAGACAGGCCAUCGUGGCGCUCGCCAAACUGGGUCACAGCCUGAUGGGCCUAUUCUUGAUGAUGAACAGUAUCUGUUGCCUGUCUCCUCGGCCACCUAUGACGAGCCUGCGCCUGCGUACGAAUACGCAGCCCCGCCACGACAUGCGCGGCAGAACCAAUACCAGCUGCCAGCUCGUGUCAGGCGUACUGAAAAUGAGUAUCUGAUGCCAGACCCAAAUGGUCCUGCCAUGUAUACGCAACUUCAGCGAGAUGCUAGUCAAGAGCAAUAUGCAGUACCUGAAGAUUAUGCUUGACCGUCUCGAUGCGUGCACAUCGCGGUGCCUUCCUGAAAAUCAGGGCCUGCUUAAUAUUAAUCUGGUGUCAACUUGGCGCGCAUUAGAGAUGCGUUGUUUUUAUAACUUACUACAAUUCCGUGUGAAUCGAGCAUCCCAUUC